AUGGCUUCAGUCCUGCGCAGUCUCCCUCGUAGAAUAUCGACGCGAUCUCACAACUGCAGUUUCAUCACUUCCGCCUUUGGCACCAGCUGUAGCAAGAUCUACAACACCAACACCACCAACCCCCGCUCACACAUUUCACCCCUCACCCUCACCACCACCAGCACCACCCAGCGCCGCACAAUGGCGACCGACACGACGCCCAAGAAAUACGAAUGGCUUGUCGUCGUGCCCGACUUUCCCGGCGUGCACCAGAAGCGGAUGGACGUGCGCCCCCAACACUUUGCCGGCCUCCAACCGUCCAUCGACUCAGGCCUCUUCCAAAUGGGCGGCGCCGUGCUCAACGAGGUGCCCGAGGGAACCGACCCGUCCAAGUACAGCUUCGCGGGCAGCACCAUUGUGGUGCAGGCGGCGAGCAGGGAGGAGGUCAAGGAGAUUCUGCGGAGAGACAUUUAUGCCCAGUCUGGCGUGUGGGAUGUUGAGAAUACUCAGAUGUGGCCGCUGUUGUGCGCCUUUCGGUACCCGGUCAAGGGGCAAAAGGAACCGGCCCAGGGGCAAUGA